AUGUAAUAAUCUAUAAUUGAUUCUAACAUUAUUUAAUCUACAACUGUUAAAACAAUAAAAGAACUUAAAAAAUUGGGAGAUUCUAGAACUAAUUUAGAAGGAGAAGAGAAUAAUAUAAAUGAUUCAACUUUAAGUGAAAAAUAGACUCCUGGAGAUGAAACUUCUAAAACAUAGCAUACAAAAAUUACACUAAAUAAAAAACCAAAGUUGACAUUCAAACUUUAAACUUAGAAUACAAUACCAUCUAUGAAAUAAACAGUUAUGAAGACUUCUGAUGAUGUUGAUGUAUAAAACUAUGGAAUCAAGAGAACAUCUUUAAAAUAAAGUUCAAUGAGACCUUAAAAACCUUAACCUUAAUUAUAAUUAGAAUCAAAUGAUCCUAUUGAUAUGAAUAAUGCACUUAAUUUAAUAUUAAAUAAAUCCAAAACUAUAAAAGAAGAAUUUGAAUAGUUAUAACUCACUAACACAUUGAUAAACAAAUAUAUAAAAAAUGAUAAACACUUCCAUUUUUCAUUUUAAGCAUUUCUAGAUAAUCUAGUUUCAUAAGGAAAAUUAGCACAAACAUUAACAAAUAUACAAAAACCAGUUUUACAAAGGAUAGAACAGUUUACAAUAAAUCAUGUUAAAAAAUGCUUAUAAAAAAAUUAAAUUUCUCAAUAAUAUGAAGAAAAAGCUCGGCAUGUUGACCUUCUUUUCAAUCGAUAUUACAAAGAGUUAACAAAUAUUGAAUAAAAUAUCAAAUAUUUCUGA